AUGACCCUCCAGUUGCGAGGAAGUCGGUGCUUCUCACUGACAAGCAGCCUAUAUUCUGGACAUAGUCGAUGGUCCAAGAUCAAGCAUGACAAGGCGAAAGUAGAUGCUUCGGUGACCAAGCAGCGCUCUACUUUAACGCAAGAACUCCAGCUCGCCUCAAAGCAAUAUGGAGCAGACCCUCAGUUCAACCCUCGCCUCGCUACAGUAAUCACCGCGGCCAAAAAGCAAGGUUUCCCUAAAGCCUCCAUCGAGAAUGCAAUUGCAAGAGGACAAGGCCGUUCGCCCACGGGAGCUGCCUUGGAAUCUCUGACUAUAGAAGCAAUGGUUCCACCUUCGGUCGCUGUUAUCGUGGAAUGCCAAACGGACUCCAAAGCGCGGACUCUGGGCGACAUGAAGUUAGCUAUCAAAGAGUCUGGUGGGUCCAUGACACCCACCAGCCACAUGUUCGACAGAAAGGGAAAGAUCGUAUUCGAAGGAUCUAAAGAUAUUGGAGAAGAAGAGAUCUUCGAUCAGGCAAUAGAAGCAGGGGCUAUCGAUGUACAAAUGGAAGACGAUGGCAAAGUGGUCGUCUAUGCCGAAUCGAGCCAGACAACGGCAGUCGCGGAGACUCUGGUCAAAUCUUCGGGGUUGAAGGUUGAGAGUCUGGAUAUUGUUUGGGAUCCCAAAGAUGAUAUGAUGGUCGAUGUGGCAUCUCCCGAGAUGCUCGACAGCUUUCUAGGUCGAAUCCAAGACGACCCGAGCGUGCAAGUAGUGUAUACAAAUGCAAGCUAG